AUGCAUGUCUACUUGACUAUACAGAAUGAAGAGAGCUAGAGAUUGAGCCAUGACUGUCCUACCGUCUCUUGAUGCUAUUGAGCCAUACAAAUUCUUUGUCAUUCAAUGCCUAGUGGAAAUUUGGCAUUACACAAUCGUCCACUUUUGUCUACUUUUUAGCUAAAAUACCUUAACGAGCAGUGUGCAAAGGCUAUAUUACUUUCUCACGUUAGGCAGAAGCUGCUCACUUCUUAACUUACAUAAGCUAAAGAAUUUAGAAUUGUUAACGAAGAAUUUUUGUCUUGUUGCUAUGGGCAGAGCGUAUGCAAAUGAGAUUUUACUUUUCUCACUUUUAUUUUUUUUUUUUGGGGAAUUCUUAAUUACGUGCUAUAAAUCAAAGGCUGUUGUUGUUGUCACGCUGAUUCUCAGUGAAAUUCUGGGAAUGAUUAUCUAUUCGUAUUUCCAUUAGGUAUUCAAUCAAGGCGAGGGAUAAGAUAAAUCUUGGCUAGCUUACGAACUUAUUUACAUAUUAAAAUGUAUUUACGUGUUUGUUUAUUCGUCUCGGCAGCAUUGAAAGAUGACUUGAGGCUUGAAUAGAGAUAGUAGCAGGCUGAUAAGGAAAACGAAGCAGAGAAAUGACAUGCGAAAAGAAUUAAAGUGGGAAUCAAAAAAGACAAAAAUAAAUAAAAAAUUAUAAUGAAAAAAUAGAAACACAGCUAAAUAGAAAUUCCGCAAAUGAGAUUAAAAAGUGAGUCAAAAUAAACUGAUAUUGAAAUGCAAAGUAAAGAGUGUGCAAAAUGGCAAAAUGAAAAAAAAUAAUAAAAAUUCUUAGAAAAAUAACCAGCGUUCGACAAUUUCAAAAACGUGGCAACAAAAAAGAAAAUCCUCAUCCGAAAAAAUCGACGUGAACGAAAACACAAUGAACUGAAACCCAAGCCAGGAUAAACGAAAACAAAAAGAAACAGCCAGCGAGGGAAAAAGGUGAAAGCGAAACGCGCCAACACACCACCACCCACACAAAUAAACAAAACAAACACGCGCGCAACGACAAAAUUUCAAACUCAAUGAACGAGAAAUUAUCACUGCCAGCAGCCGCAGCCACACCCAUAGAACAGCUGCAGCAACAACAACAACAACAACACGCGAAUUCCAGCAUUUGUGCGACCAUUGACCAUGCGGAUUAUCACUAUGAAUCAACGCUGCCAGCAGCAACAGCCUCAACAGCCCCAACAGCAACAAAAACAACUGCAUACAAACACGAAAGCAACAGUACGAGUAAUAAUGCCAAAGCGUGUGGAAUUGAUGUGGGCACCUAUGUGGAGGGUGGUGGUGCAGUUGAAGCAGGUGGUGGAGGAGUGGUCGCUGGCAGUGAAUUGUAUCGUUACGCGUCGGUAGCAAGUUUAGGUGGUGGCUGUGGUAAUGGUGGCGCUUCUUCAAAAAUGCUCAGUGGCAUGGAUGCUUUCAUGGCGAGCACUGGUGCGGGUACUGCUGCUGCCAUCACCGCUGGUGCGCCACCACUCGUGGCACCCUCAGCAACAAUUCUAAAAAUUAGCAACAAUAGCAGCGCCAGCGGCAGCAAAGGUAGCAACUUGAACAGUCCGCGUAGGCAGCGGCAGUUGGGUGGCGGUGGUGGUGGUGGUGCACCACAGCGCGACAAUUUUUGCGGUUGCUUUGGCGGUGGAGGUGGGGUGGCAGGCAGCGACGGCAAGGGGAUGGCGCACGAGGCGGACGGCGAUAAGCAGCAAUUGGCCGCGUUGACUUUUUGGCCUGCAUUGUUUGCCAAUUUGGGUAUUUGUACGCUGCUGCUCGGCUAUCUAUUCAUUGGUUCAUUUCUAUUCCUCACCAUAGAAACAUCCGGCGAUGGAGGCAGCGCAGCUGGCGUUGUCAGUGAUCCGAAUGCCUGGUCGUACGCGCAAAAUGCAUACAUAUCGACACAACAACAACAACAACAACAUAGACAUACACCAGAGCAUGCCAGCGUUGUAGAAGCACAGCCAAAGUUAUACAAACCAAGUGAACCGUUAUUGGAUGUGGCAACCGCAGGAGGAGAAGGAGUGCACUUGCAAGGCGCAGCUGUAGCUGAUGGAGGUAAGCCACACAAAUACGAAGGCAGCGCCGAUAGCAGUGGCAACUUUCACGUGAACACGUCGAAUGUGAAGAGGCAGGCUGCGGUGAAUGACACAACAGCCGGUGCAGUUGCAAUGAGUGUUGCACAUGGUGAUGUGACUGCACAGCCGGAAAAUCCGGAAACAUACAUUGACAACAGGCACGCCAACAAGUUGCGGCAGCAGCAGCCAAAUGACGUUGCCACUUAUACAACGCUGCAAAGACAAGCGAAGGCAGUGGAGGCGCAAGCCUUUAGACGAGCUGCUGUUAAUGCCAUUGAUGCUGCCAUUGGCAGUGACAUUAACGGUGCUGUUGAUGAAGUUGAUGUCGGUGGGGUCGUUGGUGUUGCGAUGGCUGAGGGGGAGGCUGGCGAUGGUGAUAUGGCGAGUGCUGCGGCUGGUACUGGUGGCGCUUGGGGCGGUGAAAAUGUGGCAUUGCAGCGUACUGUGGAGAAUAUUUGGGAUAUAACGGUUUCAUUAAAUAUACUCUACAAGGAGAAUUGGACCAAAUUGGCUGCCUUGGAGAUUAAUAAAUUUCAGGAUCAAUUAGUCAAGCGGCUUGUCAUGGAUUUGACGCUAUCAACAGCGUCCACAACAACAUCGAACGAUGCAUAUUCAAGGCACCAGUAUCAACAACAACAACAACAGCAACUACUUGCAAAACAAGAAAACAACUUUGGACAACAGCAGCCAUCACAGCCGUACGAUUAUCACAGCAUGGAACCGGCGGCUACCAGUAAACAUUAUGGCAAUGAUGCAACUCAACAGCGUCAACAACAGCAACAACAAUUGGAACGCUACUGGCAAUUACAGGCGGCAAGACAACGUCAAUGGUUAUUGCAACAGCAGCAACAACAAUUUGAAUGGAAUUUCGCAACGUCCUUUCUGUACUCGCUGACCGUUGUGACGACAGUGGGUGAGUUCAUACAAAUUUUAGAGAAUGUGUAUUAG